UUUGUCUUCACCAGGAAUCUUGAUAAUUUUGACAUUCCGUGACAUUCUUUUGACGUGUUGUUUUUAAUGUGGAAAUAAUCUUGCUGUCGUCACAAAUGAUCACGAAUUCGUGCGAUCUGCACAGGGGUUUGAAGUUUAAGACAAAAUAUGUGAAGUAAUAAAUUGUGUGAAAAAUGAGGGGGUUACAAGAUAAUUUCGGUAUCGAAUUUUCUUUAUUGUUUAUCAAUUUGUACAUAGUUGUUUUCGGCCACGAUUUAAAAGGAUUCGAUGAUACGGUCCUUUUUAAAAUAAAUUGGCCCGGCAAGAGUAGCGCUGAAUUGUUGCAAUUCGGUGGCUUCCAGGAAAAUCAAAAGGUCGAACCUUAUCUUAUAACGACAGCUAACAAUGAACGAUAUCAGUGUCACAUUCCUGACACGACUGAACAGGAAGAAGAUCAGGGAGAAACAUACGCUGGGCCAAAUCCCAUUGAAAUAUUGUCUCCACUUUUCAAUCAGAACACAUGUUCCUAUCGGUUAGAGUCAUACUGGACCUACAAACUUUGUCAUGGACAAUACGUCCGUCAAUAUCAUGAAGAACGUGAAGGGAAAAAAGUCAAAGCUCAUGGAUACGAUCUUGGAACCUUCGACAGGGCCCAAAGAAUAAAACUCUCCGCUGAGUAUGAUGAACACGCUAAAAAUCCAAACCGCAGAGCUGAAAUCCCUGUAAAAAAGGUUGAUGGAAUUAACAUGCCCUAUGUCGAAAUUGAAAUGAAGGACGGAACCAUCUGCGAUCUAAACAACAAACCACGUUCGAUAAAAGUCCUCUACGUUUGUUACCAACAUGGCAAACACGAAAUUUUUUCUCUCAAGGAAAUUUCGAGCUGCGAGUAUGAAGCAGUCGUCUUGUCCCCUCUCCUUUGCAGUCAUCCAGAUUAUAGACCACAAGACAACGGAGAAAAUGAAAUCAACUGCAGACCAGUUGAUAAUGCGCCCAAAAAGCCAAGAUCUUUGAUGCAACUUGAGGCUGAGAGUGUGAAGUUGCGACAUCAGAAAGUCUCGGAUGACAAGAUGCAGAAAGUCUAUGCGAUCUUCCAUGUAGAUAAGGAGGGCCAGGAUGGAGAAGCUCGUGUUAGGGUCGAAAUUCAUCCAGUUGACGUUUUGGAUAAAAAUUUUAAUAUCGCAGAUUCUGUAAGCAAUUUAGUCGACCAAGGAGUAUCUUUAGCCAAAGUUAAUCCUGUGGAAAGUUUCCUCAGUGGCAGAAAUUGCUUGAAUGGGGGAAAUGGUUGGUGGAAAUACGAAUUUUGUUACGGUCGCUCUGUAAGUCAGUAUCACACAGAAAAAGACGGGACGAAAACAGUAGUGGACUUGGGAAAGUUCGACAAAGAAAAACACUUGAAGUGGAUCGAGGCUCAUCCACACAAGAAACCAAAACCUGCCGCGCAGAGAAAACAACUCUCACACUUCUAUAGUGACGGAAGUGUUUGUGAUAAAACUGGAAAGCUGAGACAAACUGAGGUGAAGCUAAAAUGUGUAACCAAUCCACUAGGGAGUCAAUCGAGCGUUUCUCUUUUCCUCCUGGAACCAAAGACUUGCGAGUACAUCCUGGGCGUAGAAUCGCCCCUAAUCUGCAACAUACUUCAGUUUGCAGAUGACGAAACAGGCCUGAUAAGUGAGAAAGCCCUGGAAAAUUUAAAAGAAUCGAAAUCCACAUUCCAACAAGGCGAGGAUGAUGAAAGAAUAGCCAAUGGCGACGAAUGAUGAGAGUCAGUCUCAAACUUAAAAUUCAUAAACUAAUUUACCAGUAUUCCGAAAACAACACCAACAGAUAUCAUUGUGCUCCUCUGAAUUCUACAAUUUUCAAUAUGUAUUUAAAUCUCAUAAUCAUUCGCGGCUAUAUUUUUGAUCUAGUUGUAAUCUAUCGUGAUAAGUGAAGUGUGCAAUUGUUCAUUUUGCAUUUUCUAAAUGUGAUUCGGUGCGUGGAACAAGCAGGUAAUAAAGACAAAGUAAAAAUGAUAAAAUCUAGUAAA